UUCAUCUUUAUAUUGCUACAACUUGUGAAAUUCUGACUGAUCUCUGCGACUAAACCACCAUCGUGACAGCCACCGUGAAAUGACUCUUGAACCUUAAUCGUGUGUCAGUUCAUACAAGUACAUGCUUGUGUAAACCUUGUGUUGUUGUAACGGGAAAAUAUACCAAGGGUGGGAGAGAUUUCGAGCAAACAUAGCCAACAGAGCAGAGAUCAAGGCAAAAGUGAAAAUCUCUCAGUAAUAAAGCAGUUGAGGAUUUAUCCAAUUGUAAUGGAGUUGCAGUUAUGGAGUUUCUUCUAUUUCACACUGCACAGCUGCUACCUGAUAGCCAACGCUGACCAAAGUGUUUUCCGAUCUGCUCCAGAAUCCAAGGCGAUAUUUAUGCGACCUAAACGUGCAAAUAGUUUCUUUGUGGAGGAAAUUCUAAAGGGCGAUUUGGAAAGAGAGUGUUAUGAGGAAAGAUGCAACAAGGAGGAAGCCAGAGAGUUCUUUGAGGACAAUAAGAAAACAGAAGAAUUCUGGGCCAAAUACAACGUUCAAGAUCAGUGUAAAAGCAAUCCUUGUCAACAUGGUGGCAUCUGUAUAGAGAAGAGAGGAGGAUACAUCUGCAAGUGCACCGACAUGUACACAGGCCAUAACUGUGAAAAGGAUGUUUCUGAAUGCCCUUCUGGAGGCCCUCUGGUUUGUGAACACUACUGCAGACCCUUACAUGAAUCAUACAGAUGCGUCUGCGCCAGAGGCUACAAACUUCACCCCGAUGGAAGGAGCUGCACCCCUCAGGCUCAGGACACAUGUGGGUAUCUCAGCGUCUUAUCUGAGGAUUCUACCAAAAAGAAUACGAAUCAAAAUGUCCCCAUCUGCCCACAAGGAAAAUGUCCAUGGCAGGUGACAUUUGUGGAUGUUGGUGGUGAUGUAAUCUGCCAAGGUGUGAUUCUUGGAAAGAGGUCUAUACUUACAACAGCUACAUGCAUGACAACAGGCAAAGAGCUUUCCUUGGUCAUUGGCCACUCAGUUGAAAAAAUAAAUGCUUCUCAAGUGACCAAAAGGACUCUUCAUAACAGGUAUACGACCAGCAGACCUGACGAUGACUUGGCAUUUUUGGAGCUUAAGGAGCCGAUCGCUUUGGGUUUGGUCGCCAUCCAACUCUGUCUCCCGGAGAAGGAUUUCAGUGAAAACAUCUUGAUGAAAAGUGAUAAAGAGGGCGUGGUAAUGGGUCGAGAAAACAAACCUUUAUACCUUUCACUAGACGUCUGCAAUUCCAAAUUCAAUCUGAGUUUUCCCUUGACCAAUAAGAUGUUCUGUAUGGAGGAGAGGAAGGCUGAAGGUUCCGUACAGGGACGAUCGAAUCACAAAAAGAAAGAGUGUGAUCUUCCGUCUGGGUCUCCGGUGGCUACAGUGGAAGGAAAUACAGCUUUCCUAACUGGAUUGUUCCUGUCCCAAAGUGACUGCAGUCAGGGACUCGUGUUCACCAAAGUUUCCAGAUAUCUGCUGUGGAUCCGCAGACUUCUAGUGAGCACCGAGUCCGUGCAAACAUGACACGUUCUGGCAGAAGUUUAGUCUCCAGGAUAUAAAUGUUUUAACAGCAAUGAACCUACUUUCAGAAUAAACCUGUGGUUUCAUUCUGUGUUAAAAUGCACAUUUUAAAGAUUUCCUCUGAUCAUGCAUAGUAAAAUAGUUAAAUCCACCGUAAUCAUGGAAAAUUGUACAAAACAGUUUAUUUUACACAGAGAAUAAAAAACACCACAAAAAUAACACAAAAUAUGAAAAAUCAUCCAGAGAAAUUGUUGAGUCCUAGAGCGCCGGAGAAAGCCGUGUAUUUCACUUGUAUAUUUCGAUGCAGUUCCUGUUUAAUUAGGACAUCACAGCACAGAAACAGGUUUCCUAUCAACUUUAAAAUAAACUGCUGAAAAUCA